UUUUAUUUAUUUAUUUUAUUUUUUUUUUUUAUUGUAUUGUAUAUAUAGGAUGAUGUGGCGGUUUGUGAUUGUAGCCAUCCCCGUAGUGUUGGGCUAUUACAUUUACACCCUCACGAUUCCUCCACCUUUGCCUCAACUUCAUCUUAAGUACUGGGGCCCUGGUGAUGAGAAACCUGAUAACCGCAGUAUUAGGCCCUUCCGAGUCAGUUUCCCUGAAUCGGAUAUCAUCCAUUUGAAAAAUAGACUUGAAGAGACACGGUUAUUGUCACCUCCACUGGAAAACAGCGACUCCAAAUACGGAUUCAAUACACAUUAUAUGAAUGAUUUUUUGAACUUCUGGACUAAUGAGUAUAAUUGGACUGAAAGAGAAGCUCAUAUGAACAUGUUUCCUCAAUAUAUAACCGAAAUAGGAGGUUUGGAUUUACAUUUUGUACAUGUGAAACCUGAUCCUUCUCAAGUCAAAGGUAAAAAACUGCUACCACUAUUGGUGAUCCACGGAUGGCCGAGCAUUCCCAGCGAAUUCUAUGACAUGAUCCCGUUGCUUACCAAACCACAUCCGAAAGUCGAUUUCUUGUUCGAGGUGGUCAUUCCUUCACUGCCAGGCUUCGGGUUCUCCAACAGUUCAUCCAAACCAGGAUUAAAUGCAGGAGAAAUGUCACUCAUACUAGACGAACUCAUGGAAAGGCUGGGAUUUGGAAGAUACUACAUUCAUGGUGAGGAUUGGGGUAGCGCCAUUGGUAUGGCACAGUCGAUCCUACGGCCGGAAAGAGUUCUUGGAUUCCAUUCGACACUAUGUAUCCCCUUCACUUUAAAGUCAGUAUUCUAUACAGCUCUCUCAAUCAUGUUCCCAAAAAUAUUUGUUGAAGAAUCUAUGCAAGAAUAUUUCACUGGACAGUGGUCAUUUUUAUUAGAAGAGUCUGGAUACUUCCAUAUUCAAGCCACAAAACCAGAUACUGUUGGUGUUGCACUGACAGAUUCACCAGCGGGAUUUGCUGCAUACAUUCUUGAAAAAGUACUGGUAGCUGGAAAUAGACAAUCAAAGUUACUUCCGGAUGGUGGGCUGAGGAAUGCAAAUAAAUUAAAAUUUCUGGAUAACAUAAUGGUACUAUGGUUAACAAAAACUGUUACUUCUUCAUUAAGGAUUUAUGCUGAGAAUACUAAUCCAGGAUACUAUGCACUUGGAACUCAUCAGCAUCCAAUUAGUGUACCAAGCGGUUGUGUCUGGUUCAAAGAUGAAAUAGUCUAUUUUCCUAAAAUUGCAGUAGAAGCAGCCUUUAGUAAUCUAUUAUCAUUUAACCUCUAUCCAAGAGGUGGCCACUUUGCUGCACUGGAUGAGCCAAAACUACUAUCAGAUGAUAUUUGGAACUUCAUUAAAAUUCUUAGAGACAAAAAUGAACAAAGGACAAUUUCUGAAGACAACAUCACCUCACAUUGCUAGAAAUUCAAAAACAAAAUACAAAUAUGAAAGAGGCAAAUACAAAAGGAAUAUGCAAUAUACCAGUUAAUGGGAGUAUUUAAAAUAUUUUUAAGUAUUUAAAUUUAUUAUUCAAUAUAGUUGCAUAAAAUGCAGAGUUUUAAAAAAUGAUAAAAUAGAAAAAUAAUGUACUCAAUUUUAUUAUUGUGGAGGCAGAAUUUAAAAGAUUUCUAAAACAAAAAAAGUAAUUACUUUGGAAUUACUAAUUGUUGCUACUUACAAUUUGAGCCAGAACAAAUGCCAUUUUCUACUAACAUUUAGUAGAUUGGAUCAUUUGCUGACAAAACUAUAUUUUUAGGUUAAACUAUUACACUGACUGAAAAUUGAGUUUCUUAUAUGGCUAUAGUUAUAAUUUCAGUUGAAUAUUUGAAUUUUAAGUUUGCUCAGUAAAAAAAAAAUAACCUAGAUCAAAAAAGUAGGGUUGCAAACAUAAAAUCAUUUUAAAUUUCAAAAUAUGUUGUGUAUUAAAUUUUUUCAGGAAAAUUAUUUUUUUUAUUCAGUGACUCUACUCCAGUGCAUUUCACCUUAACACUCUCAGGCUACAGAAUAGGCAUAACAAGGGAAAAAGCAAGAAACUUAAAAUUAUAAAUUUAAGGAUAUGUCAUCAAGCCUUCUAAUAAAGGCCAUGUUCAUGAAAACAACUAUCAUUAUUAAUACUGCUAUUUUUUUUGUUAUCAGUAAUUGAAAUAUAUUGUUUAAGUAGUAAGUUUUUAGAAAAAAAAUUUAUUGCA